CGCUACUCUGGCUCAACUUUAUUGUUGCUAGAAUGGUUGAUACAAACAGCUGUUUUAUUUUCUAGAGUAGUUGUGCAUGUCUCAGCUGAUUGGUCGAAUGUGAAAUUUACAUGAAUUGAUGCCCUAACCUAAACUUAUAGUUUCAUCAACAUGAGCAGCAGAGCGAAACUUAUUUUACAAUUAGCUUUGGAGGACAAUGUAAAUAAUUCUCAGCAAUUACUAUUAUUACCAGAACAAACUACUAAAGAAAACAAUGAAACAAACGUCUUAAGCUUGUCUUCGAUGGACACAAAUCCUGCACCCUCAUUGACAUCAUUACAGGCAGUUGAUCCGUUUGUUCUUCUCAACAAUGAAAAUGAAUAUAUAAUGGAAGUCGAAUCAGAAAGUAAUAAAGAAUUCGCUACUGAUGAAAAUAUUGUUUGGAAUGAUGGUAUUACCAACCAGGAUUUUCAGUCAUAUGAUAUCUCCUUUUCAUCGCAAGGCCUAGUUGCUGAAGAAGAGGAUAGUCUUCAAGAAUUGGCUGUCUCUGGUAAUGCAGAUAUCCCAUCACCAGGAACUUCUGUUUUGUCAUCUAACGUAGAUGACACUGAUAUUGAUAGCACAUACUGUCCUCGUUUCAACUCAGAGUCAGAACUAUCUACUUGA